AUGUCACACCCUGGUCUUCCUUACUACAUGUUCACAACUACAACCAAAAGUUACCGGGUGCAACAGCAGGCACCCCCUCUGGUAGCCAUGGGCUAUACAUAA